CCGCAGUCUCGGUGCGUUGAAGCCGGAGACCGCGGCGGCCUCUGCUAGGACCCUCCGCCCGGAGCCGCCGGCCGAGCCGCAGCCUCUUCCGCAGCGCCCCUGCUGCCCGUCCCCCCGCUGCCUGCGCCGGAUCCGCGCUGCGCUCUCUGGGGUAUGGCCGUCAAUGUGUACUCCACGUCUGUGACCAGUGAAAAUCUGAGUCGCCAUGAUAUGCUUGCAUGGGUCAAUGACUCCCUGCACCUCAACUAUACCAAGAUAGAGCAACUCUGUUCAGGGGCAGCAUACUGCCAGUUCAUGGACAUGCUCUUCCCUGGCUGUGUACACUUGAGGAAGGUCAAGUUCCAGGCCAAAUUAGAACAUGAAUACAUCCACAACUUCAAGGUGCUGCAAGCAGCUUUCAAGAAGAUGAGUGUUGACAAAAUCAUUCCUGUAGAGAAAUUAGUAAAAGGAAAAUUCCAAGAUAAUUUUGAGUUUAUUCAGUGGUUUAAGAAAUUCUUUGACGCAAACUAUGAUGGAAAGGAUUACAACCCUCUGCUGGCGCGGCAGGGCCAGGACGUAGCGCCACCUCCUAACCCAGGUGAUCAGAUCUUCAACAAAUCCAAGAAACUCAUUGGCACAGCAGUUCCACAGAGGACGUCUCCCACAGGCCCCAAGAAUAUGCAGACCUCUGGCCGACUGAGUAAUGUGGCUCCACCUUGCAUCCUCCGGAAGAAUCCCCCAUCAACCCGAAAUGGUGGCCAUGAGGCUGAUGCCCAGAUUUUUGAGCUCAACCAGCAGCUACUGGACCUGAAGCUGACAGUGGAUGGGCUGGAGAAAGAACGUGAUUUCUACUUCAGUAAACUUCGCGACAUUGAGCUCAUUUGCCAGGAGCAUGAAAGUGAAAACAGUCCUGUUAUCUCCGGCAUCAUUGGCAUUCUCUAUGCCACUGAAGAGGGAUUUGCACCCCCUGAAGAUGAUGAGAUUGAAGAACACCAACAGGAAGACCAGGACGAGUACUGAGGGCAGCGCCAGCCUGGCUGACCACGGUUUCCCUGUGCCUCCCCUCCCCACUCCCACUCCCACAUUAUAGUCCUUUCCUUACAGCCAGUCAGCCGGCCAGGUGCUUUGUGUCAGUGCCGCAGCAUUGGGGAGCCGGUGAAAGGGGCUUGGGAGGUUAGGGCAGGGGAGCAGGAUGAGGCCUUGUUUGGAUCCCCCUAGUGGCACUGGUCCAGGGGGCGGGACCCCUGCCCACUACCUACCCCUAUUUAUUUCCGUUGUCUCUAUGCUGUGUUGGCCACCACUUACCAGGGUGCUGCUGCCACCCAACAGCCAGCCACCUGCUCCCCCAACAGCCAGCAGCUGUAUAUUUGACAAAGUCAUUGGUAUAUUUUUACUUACUGGAUUGUCCUUGCACUUUACCUGUUCUUUUCCGGGGCUGACAUCAGGGCUUGGGUAGUCUGCCUGGCUUGGCUCCCCUUCCCCAUGGCCAAGGCUGGGGCAGGAUUCACCAAUUCUUAUUUAUUUUGUCUUUUGACUUCCCUCCCAGUAGCUGAGGGGAAGGCUGAUGAGAGGAGAGAGAGUGAGGGCUAAGGAGGCAGUGCUGUGGGUCUAGGGGUUACGGAGAGGGAAAGGAGCAUGUGAGGGACAGAAAUGACUUCCUGGCACUGGACUCAACCUCACCUGCCCAAACCCCUGACCAACACCCAGAGCCCAGCACUGAACCCAAGGUUCCCCAUCCACUCCCUCCUGCAGCCUAGUUCACACCACACAGACUCUGCCUGGUCCCCACUGUCUGUCUAACCCCAAUCCCCUUGCCUCCCCACCUCUCUGCCCUUGGGCACAACCUGAAUAUAUGUUCACUUUUAUUUAAAUAAACUUGUGUGGUAAAAGAA